CGCUAUUUUGUAUGGUCGAAAAAUCUGCAAUGGCAAAUUGUUGUUCACGGGCGUUUAUUAAAUUUUCGUUAUUCGACCGAAGUACACACGUGUUAAAGCGGUUGCAGUUGACGUCGGCACAUCAAUUAUUCGCUACAAUAAAAACUGAAAAUUACUCACAGCCUAUUCAAAAGCGUUUAUUUGCACGUUCCUUAGCAUUUACACAACUUUCUAAGAAUAUCGAAGAUAAAUCAAAAAACUAUAAAAUGUCGGCAUAUACAAUCGUCGAGAAAGGAGCACCUAACUCAACUAAUUACAGCAUCUACUUAAAAAAUUCCGCUGGUGCUAUCGUUUCGCCCUUGCACGACAUUCCACUGUAUGCCAAUGACACGAAGACUGUUCUUAACAUGGUUGUGGAAAUACCAAGAUGGACAAACGCUAAAAUGGAGAUUAGCACAACAACGCCAAUGAAUCCGAUUAAACAAGAUGUGAAGAAGGGUAAAUUGCGCUUUGUCGCCAACUGUUUCCCACACAAAGGUUACAUUUGGAACUAUGGCGCAUUCCCACAAACAUGGGAGAAUCCUGGACAUAUCGAACCAUCCACUGGUUGCAAGGGAGAUAACGAUCCAAUUGAUGUUUUGGAAAUUGGUUAUCGCGUAGCAAAACGUGGAGAAGUAAUACAAGUUAAGGUAUUGGGUACAGUUGCAUUGAUUGAUGAAGGUGAAACUGAUUGGAAGAUCAUCACUAUUGAUGUCAAUGAUCCAUUGGCUGAAAAAAUGAAUGAUAUCGGCGACGUUGAUAAAUAUUUCCCAGGUUUAUUGCGUGCAACUGUUGAGUGGUUCAAAAUCUACAAAAUUCCUGAUGGCAAGCCAGAAAAUAAGUUCGCUUUCAAUGGAGAUGCCAAAUGCGCUGCUUUUGCUAACAAUAUCAUUGAGGAAACUAACAAGUUCUGGCAAGGUUUAAUCAUCAAAGAAUUGGACGGUGGCGAAAUUUCUAUCACCAAUACCGCAAACAGUGAUACACCUGGCUACAUUAAGCCCGAAGAAGCUGAACAAAUCGUGUCCUCAGCACCAGACGGUGGUGAGCCCGAAGAAUUGUCUGACACAGUUGAUAGAUGGCAUUUCGUGCACUUGAAGUAACUUAAACAUUUUGUGAUACAGUGAAACACUGGCAUUACACACAACGCUGGCGUCGGACUUUAUAUAUUACUUUCAAUAAAAUAAAAGUGUAAUUUCGUAAUAUCGCAACGCACUUUACCAAUAAACUUACAUAUAUGCUUACAACAA